CAACCGGGGUCGGAGCGGCUCCUUAAGACUGAUAUAUGAAAUGGCAGAGAAUGGAAAAAAUUGUGACCAGAGACGUGUGGCAAUGAGCAAGGAACAGCAAAAUGGAAAUUUCACAGAUCUUUCUUCAAUGAAUGAAAAGAAGAGGAGGGAUCGGGAAGAAAGGCAAAAUAUUGUCCUUUGGAGACAGCCACUUACUGCCUUGCAGUAUUUUUCUCUGGAAGUCCUUAUAAUAUUGAAGGAGUGGACCUCAAAAUUAUGGCAUUGUCAAAGCAUUGUGGUGUCUUUUUUACUGCUGCUUGCUGUGCUUAUAGCUACGUAUUAUGUUGAUUUCCCUGAGCCACCCUAUCCUGACCAGAUUAUUUGUACAGAUAAAGAGAAUAUUGAAGGAACAAUUUCUUUGUGGAGUAUCAUCUCAAAAGUUAGGACUGAGGCCUGCAUGUGGGGAAUCGGCACAGCAAUCAGAGAGUUGCCGCCAUAUUUCAUGGCAAGGGCAGCUCGCCUCUCAGGUGCUGAACCAGAUGAUGAAGACAAUCAGGAGUUUGAAGAGAUGCUGGAAUAUGCAGAGACUGCACAAGACUUUGCCUCUCGAGCAAAACUGGCAGUUCAAAACCUGGUGCAGAAGGUUGGACUUUUUGGAAUUUUGGCAUGUGCUUCAAUUCCAAACCCUUUAUUUGACCUGGCUGGAAUAACAUGUGGACAUUCUCUUGUACCUUUUUGGACCUUCUUUGGUGCAACGCCUAUUGGAAAAGCAAUAAUUAAAAUGCAUAUCCAGAAAAUUUUUGUUAUCGUAACAUUCAGCAAGCACAUAGUGGAACAGAUGGUGGCUUUCAUUGGUGCUGUCCCUGGCACAGGUCCGUCUCUGCAGAAGCCGUUCCAGGAGCAGCGGGAGGCCCAGCGGCAGAAGCUUCACCAUAGAAGCAACGAGGGGACACCGCAGGGAGAAAACUGGUUGUCCUGGCUGUUUGAGAAGUUGGUCAUUGUGAUGGUGUGUUAUUUCACUAUCAUUAAUUCCAUGGCACAAAGUUAUGCCAAACGAAUUCAGCAACGCUUGAACUCAGAGGAGAAAACUAAAUAAGCAGAGAAAAAGUUAUUACCUGCCGAAAGUAGAAUGGGUGGGUUCUGUCUUAAAGUGAGAAGAAUCCAAACCAGGAAGGAAAAUUCCCUUUUCCAACCUGUAUCAGUUUUAAAAUCUUAAUUCCUGAAAGCAGUUUAGCCCAUAUGUUGCACUGACAUGCUUGUUGUUGGUUUGUUAAGGUAAGGUAUCCACUCUCCAUUCAGCCCACGUUGUAUUUUAUCAGGGUGAAAUGUGAUGUCACCCUCAAACUUAACAGUAACUGGCCUUCUGUUCCUUACUUUCCAAAGGCCCAUGGGGGACAAUUAGAGAAUUCCCGCCAUACACAAAAAAGUUCCUAAAGAUGUUAAAUAUGUCAAGCUUUUUAGGCUUGUCACAAAUGAUUGCUUCGUUUUUCUAAGUCAUUAAAAUAUAUAU